AUGUUCCGGUUUUCUCGGGGACGGGCCCCUCCCCAACUACGGCCUCGCGGGCAAUCCUUCCGCCGCCGCCGCCCUCCUCGUCCCCAGCGCCAGUAUGGGCCGCCGGCGGUCCGACCACUGGGUCAGUCCCCUCCAAACCAGGCUGCGCAGUCCCAGCCACUGCAGCUCCCGCCCCCCAAUGUCCCACAUCCCCUCGUGCCAACCGUCCCGCAGACCGCCUUCCGGUUCCCCCCUCCCCGUCGCCCUUACCCGCGUGGAUGGGAUUCGCCUGAGCGUCCACCAACCACUCCUGAUCCCGACCCUGACUGGGAGCCUCACCCCCCUUGGGGCGUGCAGCCGGACCUGGACGUGUGGGGCCGGCAGUGGGGAGAGGAGCCGAGCUACUUCGACCUUUGCCGGUGGGAGCAGCGGAUGCGCGGUGUAGGGCGUUGUUUGUCGAACGUGGCGACGGUGUUGGAGCAGCUGAACCACGCGAUUGGGCGGCAGAACCUUGCCUCACGGAACCCGCAGCUGAGCGAGUUCGAGCAGGGGGUGGUGAGGGAGGCCGCUGCUCAGGCGAUGUCGACGAUGCUGUGCCUGCCCCUUGAGCCUGAAGACCCGUCGCUGAAUGAAGGGCCUGGAGUGACUGCUUUCCGCAGGGUAGCCAUGGCCGCCGAGGAGGCGCCCCUUGAGAUACUCCUCCUCACCACUCACCAUCCUCCCGCUUCCCCGCCGUCCCCUUGCUCACCCACGGUCAUCUAA